UUCUAUUAAAAUUGCCUUCAACUCAUAUGAUAUAUUUUCUACUUCCAUAAUGUCUUCACUAAGGUCAAUUUCUAGUCGCUGCAUUAAUAAACUUGACAUUAAAACAUGCAUUGAGCUUCUAAAAACAUGCAAAUCAAUUACACAUCUCAAACAAAUCCACGCCCAAGUAAUUAUCCUCAAUUUCCACAAACACAUUGGCAUUUUACACAAACUAUUAGCCUUUACCACUCAUAAUAAUACAUUCCGAGUAGACUUAAAUUACGCCAAGAAAAUCUUCAAUUGUUGCCAAAACCCAACAUUGUUUAUGUAUAAUGUAAUGAUUAAAGGGUAUGUAAAAACAGGUCAAUUUAAACAACCCCUUUUCUUGUUUAAUGAAUUAAGAAUAAAUAGCUUAUGUCCUGAUAAUUUUACAUAUCCAUUUGUUUUUAAAGCAAUUGGUGAGUUAAAAAUGGUUAAGGAAGGUGAAAAGAUUCAUGGGUAUGUGUUGAAAUCUGGUGUUUGGUUUGAUAAUUAUGUUGGUAAUUCUGUUAUGGAUAUGUAUGGUUUGUUUGGUUGUGUUGACAGUUUGAACAAAGUGUUUGAUGAAAUGCCUCAAAGAGAUUCGGUUGCGUGGAAUAUAAUGAUUUGUGGGUUUGUGAGGUGUGGUAGGUUUGAGAAUGCUGUUGGUGUUUACAAGAAGAUGAGAGAGGAAAGUGGUGUUAAGGCUGAUGAAGCGACGGUUGUGAGUACUUUGUCAGCUUGUACUGCAUUGAAAAAAUUGGAACUUGGUAAAGAAAUUCAUCGAUACGUUGUUGAAGAGAUUGGGGUUAGUGUUAUUAUUGGGAAUGCAUUAGUGGAUAUGUAUUGUAAGUGUGGAUGUUUGAUGGUGGCUAGGCAGAUUUUUGAUGAGAUGCCGAUGAAAAAUGUGAUAUGUUGGACUAGUAUGGUGUCGGGGUAUGUAAAUAGCGGUCAAUUGGAUGAAGCUAGGGAACUUUUCGAGAGGAGUCCAAUAAGGGAUUUAGUUCUUUGGACAAGUAUGAUUAAUGGGUAUGUGCAGUUUAAUCGUGUUGAUGAUGCAAUGGACCUGUUUCGUUCGAUGCAAAUGCAAAGGAUUAAACCUGAUAAAUACACAUUGGUCGCUCUUCUCACUGGUUGUGCUCAGGUAGGAGCUUUGCAACAAGGGGAAUGGAUUCAUGAUUACAUGAAGGAAAAUAGAAUAGUUGUUACUGCUGUUGUUGGUACUGCCCUUAUAGAGAUGUAUGCAAAGUGCGGUUGCAUUGAAAAAUCGAUGGAAAUAUUUGAUGCAUUAGAAGAGAAAGAUACUGCAUCAUGGACUUCAAUUAUUUGUGCGUUAGCCAUGAGCGGGAAUACUUGGAAGGCACUGGAACUGUUCUCAGAAAUGGAACAAGCUGGAAUUUUCCCUGAUGAUAUCACUUUUAUUGGAGUGUUAAGUGCAUGUAGCCAUGGGGGCUUGGUAGAGGAAGGCCGGAGAUAUUUCCACGCAAUGAGUAGGAUUUAUGGGAUUCAGCCAAAGUUAGAACAUUAUGGCUGUCUAAUAGACCUACUGGGUCGUGCUGGGCUCCUAAGUGAAGCUGAAGUAAUGAUAUCUCAGAUACCCAAUAAAGACAAUGAGAUUAUAGUUCCAAUUUAUGGGGCUUUGCUCAGUGCCUGCAGAAUUUACGGCAAUGUUGAUGUCGGUGAACGUGUGGCAAAACUGCUUAUGGAGAUUGAAUCUUAUGAUUCCAGCACUCAUACACUUCUGGCAAACACCUAUGCAUCUGCGGGCAGAUGGGAAGAUGUAUCAAAGGUCAGAGGAACUAUGAGAAAUUUAGGUGUUAAGAAGUCACCUGGAUGCAGUUCAAUUUAUAUCAAUGGAAAUGUGCACGAGUUCAUUGUUGGACGUCAAUCAACUUGAAAUGAAGUAUGCUAUUUGUUGGAUAGCAUCUCUUAGCUAAUGUCCAAGGUCAUAGAAGUAUCUGACAGUAUAAAGAUUCAGGUGAUUUAUGACUUGACUUUCUUUCUCAUUAACAAUCAAGUCAUAAAAAAUGAAGCCUGUCCUUUCUAGCAACCUGGUCUGGUUGUGGACAUUACAUAAAGAGUCGGACGGGUGGUUGAAGUAGAUGUUUUUUCUCAGCAGUUGGGUGAGAAGGGUGAUGUCUUGGGGUUAUCUGGACCGAUCAGUGCUGCCUACUGAGUUCAUAGAUAUUUUGAAGCGGAGAAAGUAGUUGCCAGUAAGCUGUAUGAAAUAGGGGAGGAGGCCAGGGUAUGCGGAGGAAAGAAAUUGGCUGUCCGCCUUAGGUGUUAGAAGGGGAAUGUGGAGUUAGCAGUACUUGGAUUGACAUAUUUGGCUGUUCCGACUAUUUCGUUCCUAAUGAGAAGAAGCAUCCAUGUGCUGCUAAUAGGCUGGGAAACUAGCGAGUAAUAUGAAGGAUGCCAGUUGUAAGUCUUAAACUCUAAUGAAUAGAGGAGUGGACUUAUGUGGUAGCCGAAUGAAAGCUUUUCGUCCCUGGACUAUGUACCUUUGUAUUCACGAG